GAGCUUCAUAAUCUUCAAGACCUAUUCAAACAAACAAAGGAAAUGUUACAUCGCAUAAUUUUGCUUUUUGUGAGUCUGGUAUUUUUGGAACAAGUAUCCUUUGCAGAUUUUACUUCUUCACAAAUAGAAAAAUGCACAGAAACCACACGUGAGACAGAAGACUUUGAACAGCUGAAGAAACUCAGGAACAGAUUCACUUAUAUUGCAAGAAGCUGUAAAGAGAUCAAGGACCGAUAUGGUGAAUAUGAAGAUGGGGUGUACUACCUCACCACAGCUAAUGGCAUGCUGUACCAGACUUACUGUGAUAUGACUACUGCGGGGGGCGGAUGGACGCUGGUGGCGAGCGUCCAUGAGAACAGCAUUUAUGGAAGGUGCACAGCCGGCGAUCGCUGGUCCAGCCAGCAGGGCAACAAUGCUGACCUGCCUGAUGGAGAUGGAAACUGGUCCAACAGAAACACCUUUGGAACAGUAGAGAGCGCCACUGCUGAUGACUUUAAGAAUCCAGGUUACUAUGAUAUAACAGCUGAGGACAUGUCUGUGUGGCACAUUCCCAACAAGUUGCCGCUGGAGCACUGGAACCAAGCAGCUGCAGCCAUCCUCCGCUACCACACUGAAAACCAGUUCCUCACAUUGUAUGGAGGAAAUCUCUUUCAGCUGUUCAAGCAAUAUCCGGUGAGAUACAAAGUUGGAACAUGCAGUGACAGAGGGCCAGCUAUUCCCAUCAUAUACGACCACGGAGACGCGGAGUCCACCAAAAAGUUGUAUGGACCCAAUCCAAGAAGGGAGUUUGAACCAGGCUUCAUCACUUUCAGAGCAAUAAACUGGGAAUCUGCGGCCAUGGCUAUCUGCUCUGGUGUCAAGCCGACUGUCGGUUGCAACACUGAACAUUAUUGUAUAGGAGGAGGAGGAUAUUUCAACCCUGAGGAGCAGUGUGGGGACUUCCCAUCUUUUGACUACGACAGACUGGGCAAAGAGCAAGGCUGGAGCGCCUCCAAAGAGAUGACCGAGGCUGCUGUGUUACUGUUUUACCGCUGAGUGGGUUUGCGUAGCCUCGACUAUAGUCAGUCCCAGCUGUAACCAGAUCAGGUGACAUCAGAUUUAUUUGUACAGCCAUCAAUCAUAAAAUUUCUCUUUUAUUGGAGAACAAAUCAGAAGUUGACAGUGAAAGAAUCAUUUGUAAUUAAGCAACACAAACCGUAGAUGGCACUGCUGAACUGUGUAGUUACACGAAACAUUCAAAGUUGUUUUUACUGGAAUUAAUUUGACAGUUUGUUUUAGUCAGCAGAGAAAAAGAAAGAUGAACUGCGAAUAGAUUUCAUGGUCACGGUCUAACCUUCAAUUUUUAUGAAAAAAAAUUUGCAUGUAAGUCAUCCUCAUUAUUAUUGACGAGCACAUAGACCUAAAAUACUCAGGACUAACCAGUGAAACUGAGUAUUUUUUAAAUGUUGUGUCCAUUGCUUCCACUGACAGCUCAUGACAUAAAAACCUUCAGGUGGUCUAGAGGUCACCUAUAGCUGAAAGACAAACUGGCCACGCUGGCUGGAUAUAGCCAUGGACUUCAAACAGAUGCUGGAGGUCUAAAGCUUGCACAUUUGUUCCCUUGUGUGAUGUGUGUCCUCUGAUUCUUGGAACUAAAGAUCUGAUUAAUUAAACAUCAAAUUUUCACUGAAGGUUUAGUAAGAAAUGUGGUAAAGAUGAAAUGCGUUUCCAUGGAAACCCUGCUUUGAUUAGAAUGUUAUUAACCUGAUCUAGAGCUAUAUUAAAAGCUAAGACUAGGUGUGGCUUUAUUUAACCUAAAAGACAGACAGACAAACAAAUGAACAAACAAACAACACCCACACUUGAAAACUAACUGAAAUGACUUUUUGAAAUAAAAACAAAAUACAAAUAUUUGCAGUAAAUGUCCUUACUUGUAGUUUUUGACAACACAGCGAGUAUGACGCAUUUGUUUGAUGAGACAUGAGAUAACUAAACGAGCAAAU